AUGUCUUUCCAAUCGCCUGUCUCUAAGUGUAGAAUCACGAUUCCUGGUCUCGGGACUGUGGAUGGCCUACAAUAUGCCAAUGGGGUUCAGCAGUUCUGUGGGAUCCCAUAUGCGCUUCUGUCAAAGCGUUGGACUCGCUCGGUAUUGAAGACAUCAUGGGAGGAAGGGCAUCAUGAUGGGACACGGCUAGGCAAUGACUGCCCGAGUCCAAUGAUCGAAGGCGACGACUCAGAUGACCUUGUCCCUGUUCCUCCAGCAGCUCAUUUCUCCCAUCCGCGUGAAGUAGACGAGCUUUCUGGACUGGUUAUGAACAUCGUGAUUCCUCAUGCGGUCAAGGACGCCACCAAGCUACCAGUUUUCGUCUAUGUGCACGGUGGCUCUCUUCUGUAUGGCGGUGCGAACCUUCCCAUUUUCGAUGCAGUCAACCUAGUCUCACAUAGCAUCUCAAUUGGUCACCCGAUCAUCUGCGUGAAUUUCAACUAUCGCGUCGGCAUUGGCGGGUUUCUGGCCGGCGAGGUGAUCGCCCGCAGCUUGGAGCAAGAUGGUCACCAGGGUAGCGGCAACUUCGGAUUCACCGAUCAAAAAGUGGCUUUCGAUUGGGUACAGAAAUAUAUCAGCUUCCUUGGAGGUGAUAUUCACAACGUCACCGCGGUGGGCGAGUCGGCUGGGGGUAUCUCGAUCAGCAACCAACUUCAAUCAGCUCGGCCACCUGCCUUCCAUCGUGCUGUUUGUAUGUCUGGUCUUUCUGCUGCGAUCCCGCCAUGGACUAUGAAUCAACAUGACUGUUUCUUCGAAACGGUCUGUAUCCAUUUCAAAAUUGAUCCCGCGGCGCAAGACGCUUUGGACAUGCUCCGAUCCGUCCCACAACAAGAGCUCGCGAACGCAACUGCCGAGAUCCAGGGUGUUCCAUCCGGCACGGGAAAUCCAUGUAUGGAUGGUUGGUUCUACCUCCCGGAAAUAGAUCCUCGCAAGGUGAACCCACCACCCGCAUGGCUCAAAGGAUUUAUGUUCGGCGAUACCUACCACGAGGGAAUCAUUUUCCAUUUGAACCUGCUCCUUCUCGAAGAAAACUACCAAUCCAUCCGAGAAGCCCUGCAAAGCAAAAUUAGAGAUGAAGCGCAGACGGAUCACAUUCUCAGAGCAUACGACAUUACAGCCGACCUCUCACAAGAUGAACUCUUCUCUCGAACAGAACACAUGUGCGGUGACGCCAUCUUCAAAAUCCCCAAUUAUCUGUUAGCCAAUAGAUGUGCUACUGAAAAUUUGCCAGGCGACGCAUUGUUCUUAUAUCACUUUGAUCAGCGAUCUCGUCUGCUGAAUGCGCUAGAAGGUACUGCGUAUCAUGCGCAUGAACUGUUGUAUCUGUACGGGAAUUUGGACAACGAGAUGAGUGAGAAAGAAAUAGCCAUGGCGAGGGAGUUUGCAGGUGCUUGGAUUCGAUUUGCAAACGGGUUAGCGCCAUGGGACGCUGAUGGGGAACGCAAGUGGAUGGUUUGGGGGCAAGAUAGUAAGAAGAAGGUCAUGAGUGAGGAUGAGGAUGAAAAGGUGCGGGAUUAUACUAGGAUGAAGAUGAUGCUGGGACUUGAAAAUGAGGGGGAGAAGGUGUGGGAGAGGUGGUUAGCUGGUGUAGAUGCUCUUGUUAAUAGGCGAUCGCAUCUUUUUGGCAAAUAA